UGCAAGCGAGAUAAGGUGGCGAAAGUUGAGGCGUGAGCGGCGGUUGCCGCUGCGAGGAGCCAGCAGCUCCAGCUCACCGAUGCGGCAGUCACGUUCAUGGCCCCGCGUGGGAAGCUGGGGCGGUCAGUCAGUCAGUCAGCCGGGGGCUGCCCUGCCGCCUCCUCCUCUUGAUCCUGGGUCCUUGUGCUGAGGCCGCCUUCGUCGUCAUGUAGGGAGCGUUGCAGAGGGCUUCAGGAGGCGCUGUCGGAGGAAUGGCUCUCGGGAGGCUCUGAGCGAAGGACAGGCAACACGCCCCCCCUGCCGCCGCCACCAGAGGAGAAGAGACGUCGAGCCCAGCCAUCCUUUGCCCUGUGACGGGGAGCCUCGACGGGAGGAUGAGCCCGCAGCAGCCCCAGCCGCAGGCAUGUCUGGUUGUUGCCCUGGAUUGACUCCUGUGGGGCGCACCGAGAGACUUCAGGCAGCCACGCCUUUCAGCUAGUGGUUUCUCUAGCUUGUACGCGGACCUGCACGGGGGAGGACCCAGCCACCUCGCCCCCCACACAAAUCUUUUUAUUUCAAGAUGUACACGUUUGUUGUGCGAGAUGAAAACAGCAGCAUUUAUGCGGAAGUGUCCAAAAUCCUUCUUUCCUCCGGACAAUGGAAGAAGCUGAAAAGAGACAACCCCCGAUUUAACCUUAUGCUGGGGGAGAGGAACAGGCUGCCUUUUGGGCGACUGGGUCAUGAACCUGGACUUACACAGCUGGUGAAUUACUACAGAGGAGCUGAUAAACUUUGCCGCAAAGCUUCUUUAGUGAAAUUAAUCAAGACGAGUCCUGAAUUGGCAGAAUCCUGCACGUGGUUCCCAGAGUCUUACAUGAUUUAUCCAACUAAUCUAAAGACUCCGGUAGCUCCAGCACAGAAUGGGAUGCAUCAUCUGAUAAAUAACCCAAGAACAGAUGAAAGGGAAGUCUUUCUGGCAUCAUAUCAGAAGAGGAAAGAGAGCGGAGAGGGAAAUGUUUGGAUAGCCAAAUCCUCGGCAGGUGCCAAAGGUGAAGGGAUUCUUAUUUCUUCAGAGGCUACUGAACUUCUGGACUUCAUAGAUAAUCAAGGACAAGUGCAUGUGAUUCAGAAAUACCUUGAGAAGCCUUUGCUCUUAGAACCAGGUCAUCGUAAAUUUGAUAUUAGAAGCUGGGUGCUAGUGGAUCACCAGUAUAAUAUCUACCUCUACAAAGAAGGUGUUCUACGGACUUCUUCAGAACCUUAUAAUAGUGCUAAUUUCCUAGACAAAACCUGCCAUCUGACCAAUCACUGCAUACAAAAAGAGUACUCUAAAAACUAUGGGAGAUACGAAGAAGGGAAUGAGAUGUUUUUUGAGGAGUUCAAUCAGUAUCUGAUGAGCGCUUUGAAUGUUACUCUGGAGAGUACGAUCUUAUUACAAGUCAAAAAUAUAAUAAGAAGUUGCCUUAUGUGUAUAGAACCUGCUAUCAGCACCAAACACCUCCACUACCAGAGCUUCCAGCUCUUUGGUUUUGAUUUCAUGGUGGAUGAGGACUUGAAGGUCUGGCUAAUUGAAGUCAAUGGUGCCCCUGCUUGUGCCCAGAAACUUUAUGCAGAGCUUUGCCAAGGCAUAGUGGAUGUGGCCAUUUCUAGCGUCUUUCCCCUUAGUGACACUGUGCAAAAGCAGAGUCAGCAAUCAAUAUUUAUUAAAUUGUGAGGAUAUAGAAGCCUCUGCCAUGUACAUGGAAGAACUGUUGCCUGUUGAAUCUAGGAAAAAAAGAGGAAACCUGAAAUGAUCAUUUCAUCUACAUAUCAUGUCAAAAUAAUGGAUCAACAACAUCAUGGGAAUUUUAAAAAGAGGAAAGAUUCCAUGGAGAGUCCAAGUUGAAUGGAAGUCAUCUCAUCAGUGCUGCCCGUGUUUUGGAAAGCUUUGAUUUUAAAAAACAAUUCCAGUAACCGAAGCAAAUUCCUCUGGGAGAAUAGCAAAACCACUUUUUAAAAAAUACAUGCAAAACCAGGGAUAUGAUAUUGUGUUUGCCUACCUUCCUUUCCCCCUCUUUAAGUAAUAAAUUAUUUUACCAAACUGUAGUACUAGUAGCCUUUCGGGGACUUUGAAGGGUUUGUCAACUCAACCUGUGUGGUUUCUGUUUUCUCCACAUGCUACAUUUCUAGUGCCUUAGCUUUGUUUCCAGUAACUAAGCUACUAUGUUCUUGUUUUGUUCUGUAGGGGUUAACAUAAAAAGGUGUCUUAUUUUAUAUUUUUU